AUGAUAGGCCCCGCUUGUCGAGUAGCUGGUGUUAAAAUAGCUAACAAUGUCACUACUACUCGACCUAAAUCUACUGUACCAGCUUGGCAGUAUAGAAUUGAACGUCGUAUUACUGAGACCAGGACACUCAUCGGUAAGCUUAUUAGCUACCGAUCAGGGAAUAUGCGGCCGAGAGUGAUGCGCUUUGUGAAACAGGCAUUCUUGGGGACUACCAUUAGUCCUCAGCAGUACAUGUCAUGUGUCACAGAGCGCAUAGACUUUCUAAAGCAGAAAAUUUAUGCAUGGGCAAAUAGGAUAAGACGGUAUAAAAAACGAACAGAUCGGUAUAAUCAGAAUCGGAUGUUCCAAAGAAAUGAGAAGUGGGUGUACCGGAAAUGGGAGGAACCGGAUCCAUGUGUGGGUGAUAGGCAUUUGCCAGAUGAAAAUGUCACAAAUACAUUUUGGCGUAACAUCUGGUCGGUGCCUGUCACUCAUAUAGAAGGUGAUUGGUUGCAGGAUGUCAGACGCUCAUGUGAGUCUAUAACACCUAUGGAACCUGUUAAAAUUGAUAAAGAUGAUGUAAGUUGUGCAGUUCGUUCAUUACCGAAUUGGAAAUCACCUGGUCCAGACGGACUGCACAACUUUUGGCUUAAGUGGUUCCGAAGCUCACAUGCGCGUUUGGCAUCUCAAUUCCAGGCAGCUUUGGAUUCGGGUUCAUUACCCCAAUUUUUAACCACUGGCAUAACCCACUUACUCUAUAAGUCUGGUAGUGUCAUGGAUCCCAAAAAUUUUCGACCUAUUACAUGUUUACCUACCAUGUAUAAACUUCUAACAUCUAUUCUGAGACUCAAAAUUACUUUACAUAUUAAUAAUAAUUCGAUUAUGUCAGUUUCUCAGAAUGGAUGUAGAAGUGGGACCCGUGGCACUAAAGACCUCCUUAUCAUAGACAUGACCAUUAGCCAACAGGUACGUUGUAAUCGUAAGAGUUUGGCGACGUGUUGGAUAGAUUAUAAGAAGGCCUAUGACUCGGUUCCACACACAUGGCUUUUGAAGGUGCUGGAGUUGUAUAAAAUUGAUACAACUCUGUGCACUUUCUUGAAGUCAUGUAUGGGGCAAUGGAGAACGGCACUUCGCUAUCCAGGAUGUCGGCAGACAGCGAUACACGAUGUACUAAUAAAGAUCGAGCGGGGUAUAUUUCAAGGUGAUAGUCUGAGUCCCUUGUGGUUUUGUCUGGCUUUGAACCCUCUUAGCACUUUAUUAGAGGGUUCAGGGUUAGGCUAUAGGUUGCAGAAAGAUGAUCAAGUUAUAUCUCACCUUCUUUAUAUGGAUGAUUUGAAACUGUUAGCCUCCAACAAAUUACAAUUGACAAAGUUACUAAAGGUGACGGAAAACUUUAGUAAUUCUAUCAAAAUGGAAUUUGGUGUAGACAAGUGUGCAGUCAUGUAUGUAAAGAAGGGUGUGAUAGUUGAAUCUGAAGGAAUAGAGCUUUUGGAUUCAACAAAACUCAGAUCUCUGUCUGCCACUGAAACUUACAAGUAUCUGGGUAUAUCACAGUCGUUGGGAAUACCAGAAUCUAACAUGAAACAAACAUUGCAGGAACGCUUUUUUGGCCGCUUGAAAAAAGUACUUAAAAGUCUUUUAUCAGGGGGCAACAAGGUGCGAGCCUGCAAUGGUUGGGUCAUGCCGGUUCUAAUGUAUUCCUUUGGUAUACUUAGAUGGACUCAGACCGAAUUAGAUGCCCUUGACAGGAAAGUCCGCACACUGCUGACUGCAUCCCGAAUGCACCACCCACGUUCAUCAGUUAUGAGAUUGUAUAUCCCGCGAAAGCUUGGGGGUCGCGGUCUAUUAAAUAUCAAGACCCUACAUAAUCGCGAGGUAUGCAAUCUCAGAGAAUAUUUUCUACAUACCGACGUGGGAGUGCAUCGCAAUGUAGUUGCAGUGGAUACCGGCUUCACCCCGCUCGCUCUGGCUAAAGAGAAUUGGCGCAGACCUGUAGUACUUGGUGUUAAUGAUCGCAGGGAAGUAUGGAAGGGCAAAGAGCUUCAUGGUCGGUUUUAUCGGGCCCUAAACUGGUCCGAUAUAGAUUUAAAAGCAUCUACGACUUGGCUACGGCAUGGUGAUCUCUUUGGAGAAACUGAAGGUUUUGUUUGUGCGAUUAUGGACGAAGUUAUCAUGACGAAUAACUAUCGGAAAUAUAUCCUGAAAGAUGGUACGGUUGACAUCUGUCGGGCAUGCCACCGUCCUGGGGAAUCAAUCAGGCAUAUCAUUUCUGGUUGUUCUCGUCUUGCUAACGGUGAAUAUUUGCAUAGGCACAACCAAGUAGCCAGGAUUGUACACCAACAGCUUGCCCUUAAAUACCAUCUUGUGAAUCUAGAGGUGCCAUACUACAGGUAUGUGCCCGACCCAGUUCUCGAGAAUGGUCGGGCCACGUUGUAUUGGGAUCGAUCUAUUAUCACAGACAGGACUAUUGUUGCUAAUAAGCCUGAUAUUGUAGUGAUAGAUCGAUUAGAGCGCCGCGCAAUGAUUGUUGAUAUCGCCGUUCCUCAUGACGAGAAUCUCGUGAAAGUUGAAAAAGAAAAACAAAUAAAAUAUUUGGAUUUAUCUCACGAGAUUGUCGAUAUGUGGAAUGUCGAUUCAGUGAUAAUUGUUCCGAUAGUCGUAUCUGCUCACGGAUUGAUAGCCAAGAGCCUCGACCAACACCUUAAGAGGCUCACGUUGGACGGCUGGAUCAAGGGUCUAAUACAGAAGGCAGUCCUCCUUGACACGGCUCGUAUAGUGAGGAGGUUCCUAUCUUUGCAGUCCUAA